CAGACGCUUGAAGGAAAGUUGCGUUUGCAUGCAGCAUGAGAAGAAAAAGGAGUGUGAAAUUUAUGAUCACACCACAACAGCUGAGCUGAGCAGCUCUGAAGAAGAGUGUGGUACAGAUCCUUUGAGAAAGAGAAAGAUGAAAAAGAAACUCUAUCCAGGUUAUCAAAUGGGUGAUGUAUCUUUUAGUGAAGAUAUAGAAAAGACAAAGCAAGUUUCUGAUGGAAAGGUACUGGAAGAAGAGGUAUCCCUUCCAUGUGUUCCAACAAAAGUUAAUGCAGCGCCAGAACAGAUAAGAGGGGAGAGUAAAAGAAUAGAGGACAGGAGUAGUGUGGGUGUUAGCAGGGAGACCGCACCUAUUGGUAGAUGUAGUUCAGGAAGCAGGGACUGGUCCAAAUCUAGGAGUGUAGAUAGGUAUACACUUCGUGGUAGUUCGGGACACCAGGACCGGUCAAAAUCUAGAAGUGUAGAAGAUAGAUUUCCAGUGCUUAGCUCAGGGUGGAGGGACAUGUCAAAGUCUAGGAGUAUAGGAAGGGAUAGAGUGCAUAGUGGUGGUUCAGGGCGCAGGGACAGGUCAAAGUCUAGGAGUAUAGGAAAAGAUAGAGUGCAUAGUGGUGGUUCAGUGCGGAGGGACAGGUCAAAGUCUAGGAGUAUAGGAAGGGAUAUAGUGCAUAGUGGUCGUUCAGGGCGGAGGGACAGGUCAAAGUCUAGGAGUAUAGGAAGAGAUAGCUAGAGUGCAUAGUGGUGGUUCAGGGCGGAGGGA